AACAAUAAAAUUCAUCGCACUCGGCUGUGCACUUUAUUUACAAACUAAAAACAGCUGUUACAACAAAUUGCGAACUCCUGCGCCGAAAUUGAUUUUUCUAACAAACGCCAAACAAUCCACUCGCUGUUGUUCAUUGAAAAACUUAUCAGAAACUCGCCUAUUGUCGCACUAACAGGGGGCAUCGCUAUUUCCGCCAUAUACCAAUAUGGUUUCGUCAGAUUAGUGUUUUUUUUUUUUUUUUUAAUUUUUUUUUCUGUGGUUUGUAUAGAAGUGUCUAUCUGCCCUCAUAACAAAAAUUACAACAAAAAAUGUGCCUGUAAAAUAUCAGAAAUCAAGAAGAACUUUCUUUCGUAUAAAACACAAAUCUCUGGAUAUAGAUUAGUAAUGGCCGUGAUUUAAAAAAAAAGGGAAAGCAAUAAAGAAAUAAAUCUACCCUCAAGCCAUUAUAGCUUCCUUUCCCACGCCCUUUCCAAGUGAACAAAAUAUAAUCUGUGAAAAUUUUUCGGUAUACAAAGUAAGUUUUUUUGGGGACUGCAAGCAAAGGAGUACCUUUCUAAGUUUAUUAAAAAUGGAUUUGACCAGCCUUUUGUUGUUUGGCUUUAUAUCGGUGGUGAUUGGAGCUGUUCUAAUGCUGAUUGUUCAAUAUUAUAUUUAUGUUCGUUUUUGCGAUAUGCCACAAACUAGCAAUGAACAAAAGGAUUUUAAUGAAAAAUAUGCACUGCCUGAGGAUAUACACGAAAAUGCAACAAAAUUUGAUCCUGAAAGUAAAUCCCCCCUGAUGGCACUCAAUUUGAUAAUGCAAUUCCUAUUCCAUGAAUUGAAGCACACCAGCAGAGUACGGAAGUGGUUCUACCGGAAGCUUUCGUUGGAACUGGAUGAAUUGGUUACGAAGACCACUACAGGCAAAUUAUUCGAUAAGUUGACGCUCAAAGAUCUUGAUCUCGGUGACCAAUUUCCAGAAAUAAAAAUACUCACCGUUCACGAUUUGGAUAUUCACGAAACAGAAGGUCGUAUUGAAAAUUUAGACUUGCAAUUAGAUAUAAAAUACACUGGUAAUUUUCGAAUGGCAGUUGAUGCAGUAAUGGUUUUGGGGAAAAAAGCUUCAUUGACAUUAAAAGUUAAACGAUUAUCUGGAUUGGCAAGACUUCAAUUUACCAGAAAACCCUACACCCAUUGGUCACUAAGUUUCCUUGGUGAUCCUGAACUUGAUUUAGGUAUUGAAUCUAAAUUUCAAGGCCGUCACAUGCAAUCCAAUAUCAGUAGUCUAAUAUCAAAUCAAAUUCGAAGAGCAGUUCGUCGCAAACACACUCUACCAAAACAUAAACUCCGAUAUAAACCGUUUUUCCAAGAAAACGAUGAAGAAAUCGAUGCUGAUAUUCAACCUAAUGGUUUAUUAGAAGUUAAAAUAUCUGAACUUUCUCGUCUGCUAAUUCCCAAUGCAACUAUUACCGAUGUUUAUUGCACCUUGACAAUGGCUUCUUUAGCAUGGGUUGAAGCAAAACAAAAAGAUGACCGAAAUGUUAUUGUUUCAAUAGAUGUGGAAAUACACAAGGCGAAAAAUCAACAAAUCGGUAUCCUAUUUAAACAGGGUGAACAUAAUGUUGAAAUCGAAGCAGUUCUACCAAAUACUCCAGCAAUUAAAUCCCAACUUCGAUCCGGAGAUACACUUAUUUCGAUUGAAGGAACAAGAGUUAACUCUAUUCAGCAGGUCGCUAAAAUUGUCAAAGCUCUCAGCAAGUCGGUAUUUUUCCUACGAAUUGAACGUUUAAUACCUGGAAUUAUACGUAACGAUGCUAUUUUGGAAGAUUUAGAUGUCUACGAGGAUCUUGGUGAACCAAAACCUCCUCCCACACCUAAACUAAUACCUCAUGGUGUUGAACUACUAAGCCAGCCACCUUUGACUGGAAAUCCCUUACCAAGACAAGUUCGAAGCAAUUCCUCGAGUGAAUCGAGUAUUUCGAACACACCAACUAAUUCACCUAAAAAGACAAAACUCAUUGCCAAAGCUAUUAAAAAGACUCUUACUCGAGAAAGUAGUGACACUUCUGUCAUUUCUGCAGAAGAUAAUAAAUCAAUUGGUAAAACAAGGGCUAGAGAAGAUUCACUAAGCAAUUCAAUGCCUCCAAUUGCAAUUCCCCCAGUACGAAGUGAAGUCAUGGAUGUCGAACACUACCAACAACAUUCAACUAUUGAUUGCUCUAUCGACAAUCUUAUCCAUAUGGACGACAUUUGUCGUUUCAAACUGAAUUCAAAUUGCAAGUAUUUGAAUCUCUGUGUCUAUGGCAAAUGCACUGGAGACAGCGUUCUUCUAGGAUUUUUAAACAUUCCAGUUAAAAGUGUUAUUGGCGAGUGCAUGGAGACAAGCUUAAUUGAGAUGAUGAAGACAUAUCACCUUGUACCCCCAGUUCAGCAAGAUUUAAAAGCUCACGAUCUAUCGUCGAUGUCAGGAUUUAAUCCAAAUAUGUGUUUUGGAGAUAUUCUCAUGGCCUUUUCAUGGGACGGAAAUCCGAUUCAGGGUGAAAUUGUGAAGAAACCAUUAAAGGCCAAAAGUUCCUCAGAAAAAUUGGAAGAAAUUGAAAAGUCUGAAGCCACAACUGCUGCAUCAUCGCCUAAAACGCACAAUUUUGUUCGCACUCAUUUCCAUCGUGCGACACAGUGUGAUUUUUGCGGAAAGAAAAUUUGGCUUAAAGAUGCCGUCCAAUGUCGUGAUUGUUCAAUGACAUGCCAUAAAAAAUGCAUAACAAAGUGUCAAAAUUCAACAGUUUGUGGUCCAGUUGAUUGUUCAGGAGUUUUAAAUACUAUUUCGACUACAGCCCAACAACCUGAAUUUACUGUAACUGAAGCUCCAUCAUCAACAGCAACAACAAGUAUUGAUGAACCUUCCGAAGAAGAACAACAAAAAUUGAUUGAUACAAAAACUAGCACAGAACCAGUAGUUCAUCGUCAAAGUUUAACAGGUCUCAUUGCACAAGGAUUGAAACGUGUUAAUUCGGCUAAUAAUUUGGCAAUACCUGGGAUAUCAUCGUCGUUGAGUCAGAAUAGUAAAAGUUUACCACCAAGUCCGCAACAUAGUCCAAGCCGAUUUGAACUAAUGUCAUCUAGAUUUUUGUGCGAUUUAAAGCAGUCAUUGGUCAACCAGGGAGUAAGUCCGUUCAUAACUGUCACUCAAAUACUUGAGUCCAUUCCGAAUGACCUCGAAAAGCUCUCAAACGAACAGAUAAAUAGCAUAACUGAGCCUAUUAUUAAUAUAGGACGAGAUGAAGAUGUUAUGACACUAGCAAAGGAUGCCAGCAAGGAGUUAUUCGGUGAUCGAACUUCUGUUGAAAGAAUGUCCAAAAUCAAUGAGUUGCUUACCAAACUUCGAUUGGCCUUAGAUAGUGAGACAUCCAACCAUUCAAAACUUUUAGAAGUCAAUCCAAAUGAAAGUUCAAUCAUUAAAUCAAUUUCAAAUGACAGCACACGAUCACAGAGUAACGAAAAAAUUCAAGAAUCCGAUGCACCAAUAUCACCGAAUAGCAAAGAGGCACUUGCACGAAAAGCAUUCGAUUUGGGUAAAUCUGAAGAACGAGUUCAAGCCCUCAGUGUUAUAAUGCUAUAUUUGUGUACUGGUCUUCAACAUGCCCAAGGAGUAGCAUUCCAAUGAAUUAUAUUGUACGAGUAUAAGUUUGAACUAUAAUAAAAUAUUAAAAUGAAAAGAAAGUCACUCCGGUAGAAUAAAAAAAUAUAUAUUUAAAAACUACGA